AUGCGUGAAUCUGACAAGGUGGAUAUGGAAAACGUAUUACAAACUGAAACAUUAGCAAACAUAAAUCAAGAUGACCUGCUUCAAAAUCUGCAGAAAGAAAGAAAUGUGAAAGGGUCUAAUCUGGAUGUGGAAUUCUCAAAUGGAGGAACUAAUUCGAUUGAGAUGGUAUCGCAAACGGACUGUAAACCUACAAAAAGCUAUCGAUCAUAUUCUGCCGAUGAAAAGGAAGCAUUCUUUUCUCUUUGGUAUGAUAAAAUAGGGGCUUCUGUCUCAGAGAUUGCUCGAGAACUGAACAUUCAUCCAAGAACGGCUCAAAAGUGGAUAAAAGAGUAUAAAGAAAGCGGCAGUGAACUAAUUCCCAUUUCCAGGAGAGGCGCAAAAUCUCAGUCUGGUCAAUUGGGGAAUAAUCAAAAAGAUCACCUUUUCAAGUACCUUAAAGAGAAUCCGGAAGCACAAUUAGAUGAAAUGAUGGAUAGUCUCAGUGAUGCCUUUGAUACAUUCAAACUAAGCAAGUCCAGUCUUCGUCAGUUUGUGCAUGACGAAUGUUUCUUUUCUUUCAGUUUUAGUAAAAAGGACAGUGUCAAUCGAAAUGUCCUUGAUAUGAUGAAACAACAAUUAGAAUUUGCUGAAUCCAUACUAGGUGCUACCGAUAUUGACUACUGUAAAAACUGCGUUUUUAUCAGCGAGGCUGACUUCAACAUAAGUAUUCGAGAAUGGGCACCCAAGAACUCUCCUGCUAUUGAACCUCCACCCCUCUCUGUUGAAAAAAGGAGCGUUUUAGGUGCGGUUAGCUAUCAAGGAAUUGUUUUGAUGAGCUUGAGGAAACCAUUCGCCUCUCCACCGAAUGAGAACACCGAAUUACUCUCUGAGGAAUCUAUUCCACUUUCCAAAAGAUCAAGGACCAGCCAGUGGCAACAAUUUCUUAUGGAUGCAAUGGAUAUAUUAGAUGAAGAUCCGUCCUUCAAGAAUGCGUAUUUAGUUGUGGAUGAUACUAUUAUUGGUAAGAAUACCAUUAUUUCCAGCUUAAUUGUUCAUCGUGGUUACCGGUGCUUGUGCUUGCCUCCCCGUCCACCCGAACUCAAUCCCAUGGAACAAGUGUGGGCUAUGAUAGAAGGCACGUUGAAGCGGGAAAGGUUGGAUGUGGGCGAAACUUUAACCACAAGGGUCAGAGAGUCAGCGAAUACGGUUCCUAAGGAGAAUAUACAACAUUGUGUAUACGAAUCUGCCAAAUUUCUCGAGAAGUGUUUGAAUAUGGAGUCCUCGUGA